UCGAGCCAAUGGGACGAUAGCAGCAUUGUGUGACCGAAGCAGGCCAGGGUCUGCCGGGCUCAUUUCGCCGCUUCUCCACCCGGCUGGUCUUUUUGGAUCUCACUGCAAUGGCGGAACAGCAGCAGUUCUACCUCUUGCUGGGCAACCUGAUGAGCCCUGACAACAACGUCAGGAAACAAGCGGAGGAGACUUAUGACACCAUCCCGGGUCAGAACAAGAUCACAUUCUUGCUGCAGGCCAUCAGAGAUGCAUCUGCUGCAGAGGAGGUCAAACAGAUGGCGGCGGUGCUGCUGCGGCGGCUGCUGUCUUCUUCCUUCGAGGAGAUCUACCCGGGGCUGACCCUGGAGAUGCAGACAGUCAUCAAGACAGAGCUGCUGACCAGCAUCCAGCAGGAGACCUCGCCAAACAUCCGCAAGAAGGUCUGCGACAUUGCAGCCGAGCUCUGCCGCAACCUCAUCGAUGACGAUGGGAAUAACCAAUGGCCAGAGUUGCUCAAGUUUCUGUUCGACUCUGUGAACUCGGACAAUGUUGGCCUGCGAGAAGCUGCCCUGCACAUAUUCUGGAACUUCCCAGGAAUCUUCGGCAACCAGCAGCAGCAUUAUAUGGAGGUUAUCAAGCGCAUGCUUGUUCAGUGCAUGCAGGACCAGGCAAACCCACAGAUUCGUACCCUGGCGGCUCGGGCUGCAGCAUCCUUUGUCCUUUCCAACGAAAGCAACACCGCACUGCUGAAGCAUUUUGCUGACCUGCUCCCAGGCAUCCUGCAGGCAGUGAACGAGUCGUGCUACCAGUCAGACGACUCUGUGCUCAAGUCCUUAGUGGAAAUUGCAGACACAGCACCCAAAUACCUGAGACCCAACCUGGAGGCCACUCUGCAGCUCUGCCUGAAGCUGUGUGCCGACUCCAACCUGACCAACAUGCAGAGGCAGUUGGCACUGGAGGUCAUCGUCACCCUAUCUGAGACUGCAGCAGCCAUGCUGAGGAAGCACACAGCCAUUGUGGCUCAGAGUGUGCCCCAGAUGCUGGCUAUGAUGGUGGACCUUGAGGACGAUGAUGAGUGGGCCAUGGCCGAUGAGCUGGAGGACGAUGACUUUGACAGUAACGCUGUGGCUGGGGAGAGUGCUCUUGACAGAAUCGCCUGCGGCCUGGGAGGAAAGAUAAUUUUGCCCAUGAUCAAACAGCACAUCAUGCAGAUGCUGCAGAACCCUGACUGGAAGUACCGCCAUGCCGGGCUGAUGGCGCUGUCGGCCAUCGGUGAGGGCUGCCACCAGCAGAUGGAGGCCAUCCUUCAGGAGAUUGUCAGCUUUGUUCUCCUCUUCUGCUCCGAUCCUCACCCAAGGGUACGCUAUGCUGCCUGCAACGCUAUUGGACAAAUGGCCACAGACUUCGCCCCAACCUUCCAAAAGAAAUUCCACGAUAAGGUGAUUUCAGCCCUGCUUCAGACCAUGGAGGACCAGAGUAACCCUCGGGUGCAGGCGCACGCUGCCGCCGCCCUCAUCAACUUUACAGAGGACUGUCCCAAAUCAUUGCUGAUCCCUUACCUGGAUAGCUUGGUGCAGCACCUUCACGUCAUCAUGGUGGCCAAGCUGCAAGAGUUGAUCCAGAAGGGCACCAAACUGGUCCUGGAGCAGGUUGUGACGUCCAUCGCCUCGGUGGCUGACACGGCCGAGGAGAAGUUUGUGCCAUACUACGACCUGUUCAUGCCCUCGCUCAAACACAUCGUAGAGAACGCCGUGCAGAAAGAGCUCCGGCUGCUGCGCGGCAAGACCAUCGAGUGCAUCAGCCUCAUCGGCCUGGCUGUCGGCAAGGAGAAGUUCAUGCCAGAUGCCUCCGCCGUCAUGCAGCUGCUCCUCAAAACCCAGACAGACUUCAAUGACCUGGAGGAUGACGAUCCGCAGAUCUCGUACAUGAUCUCAGCCUGGGCCAGGAUGUGCAAGAUCCUGGGGAAGGAGUUUCAGCAGUACCUGCCUGUGGUGAUGGGCCCCCUGAUGAAGACCGCCUCCAUCAAGCCGGAGGUGGCCCUGCUCGACACCCAGGACAUGGAGAACAUAUCGGAGGACGACGGCUGGGAGUUUGUCAACCUGGGAGACCAGCAGAGUUUUGGCAUCAAGACAGCCGGCCUGGAGGAGAAGGCCACCGCCUGCCAGAUGCUGGUGUGUUACGCCAAAGAGCUGAAGGAGGGUUUCGUGGAGUACACGGAGCAGGUGGUGAAGCUGAUGGUUCCUCUACUCAAGUUUUACUUCCACGAUGGCGUGCGGGUGGCUGCAGCAGAGUCCAUGCCCCUGCUGCUGGAGUGCGCACGGGUUCGAGGACCAGAGUACCUCACCCAGAUGUGGCACUUCAUGUGCGACGCUCUCAUCAAGUCCAUCGGUACUGAGCCGGACUCCGACGUCCUGUCGGAGAUCAUGCACUCCUUUGCCAAGUGCAUUGAGCUGAUGGGAGACGGCUGUCUGAACAAUGAGCAUUUUGAGGAGCUGGGCGGCAUCUUGAAAGGAAAACUGGAGGAGCAUUUUAAGAACCAGGAGCUCAGACAGGCCAAGAGACAGGAUGAAGAUUAUGACGAGCAGGUGGAGGAAACAUUACAAGAUGAGGAUGAGAACGAUGUGUACAUCCUGACCAAAGUGUCGGAUAUCCUGCACUCUGUGUUCAGUAGUUACAAAGAGAAGGUGCUGCCUUGGUUUGAACAGCUGCUGCAGCUCAUCGUUCAGCUAAUAUGUCCCAACAGGCCGUGGGCGGACAGACAGUGGGGUCUGUGCAUCUUUGACGAUGUGGUGGAGCACUGCAGCCCUUCCUCCUUCAAAUACGCCGAGUAUUUCCUGCAGCCGAUGGCGCAGUCACUUGGCGACUCGAGCCCCGAGGUCCGACAGGCGGCCGCCUACGGCGUUGGUGUCAUGGCUCAGUACGGAGGAGAGCGCUACCGCCCGUUCUGUACAGAGGCCAUCCCCGUGCUGGUCAGAGUCAUCCAGGCAGCCGACUCGCGCUCCAAGGAGAAUGUCAACGCUACAGAGAACUGCAUCUCUGCUGUUGGGAAGGUCAUGAGGUUUCGGCCAGAGUGCGUAAACGUUAACGAGAUCCUCCCCCAUUGGCUCAGCUGGCUACCGCUCAACGAGGACAAAGAGGAGGCCGUCCACACAUUUGACUUCCUGUGUGACCUCAUUGAAAGCAACAACCCCAUUGUCCUCGGACCAGACAACUCCAACCUUCCCAAAAUCUUCCUAAUCAUCGCAGACGGAGUUGCAAACGAAUCGGUGAAGACUGUAGACGCGUGCAGCAAACGUCUGGCGAAUGUCAUCCGUCAAGUACAGGUGUCAGCAGGAUUAUGGACGCAGUGUGUAUCCACACUGAACGAGACGCAGCAGAAAGCCAUACAGGACCUACUGAAUACUGCCUGAGCCUCAAUCCCCGGUCACCUCCCCGCUCUUUAAAAAGCCCAUGAAGAAAAGUUGAGCUCCUGGAUCUCCUCCAUACACUCCCUCUUCUUCCUCCUGCUCUGAUCUGUAGUGUGUAUGGACGCCGGCUUCACCCCCACCACCCCCCACCCUAUUAUUAUACAACUCCACCUACAUUCAGCCGACUGGGGGGGAGCAGGUUGGAUAUUUAUGACUAUGGAGGACAUUGGCCAUCCACCUCAAAGACUUUCACCCUGUAUCCAAGGACGUGGCAACAAGAGUAAAGUGUCAGUCAUCCCCAUCUUAUCGCCGUUACACGUCUUCUAUCUGGACGUUUUGUUUCCAACCAUUCCCUGAUGUUUGACUUCGUGCCCAGAGGGACUCAUUCUCCACGUCGCCCAACAAACUCAUUGGACAGUCAGGCUCAGAGGGGCCAUAGUGGGGGAAAUGGGGACAGGACUUUCUAGUGGACUGAGAAUUGAAUGAGAUGGAAAUGCACACUGGGCGAUCACUGCCUGUCUCCUGUGAAUUUAUUUUUUAUUUUUUAUUUUAUUUCUUUUCACGUUCGGUGUUCCCAGUGUUAUCUGGGGGGGAAACGGCCUCUGUCUGCCGCAGCUCAGAGGGUGUGUUUCAAAAGUAACGGCAUGUUAAGUGGCUAACUCUAGAAAAUAUAAAUAGUUAGGAAAUUUACAUCAUCGUUUUCUGGGAGAGUUGACAUUGAUUUAAGCAGCUUUUCCUCCAUAGCCUUCCAGAUAGCUGUUGACCGGAAAUGAGUCUGAAGGUAAAAUGUUGGCUGAACGGUUCUCAGCCCUUAAGGUAGCAGUGUAAGGGGCUCUCGGAAAAGCAGAGCAAUAAUCUGUAGUUGGUCACAGACGCAUAGCGAGUGACAAGUUGGAGGAAUGAACGGUUGAGGAAAGUGAAUUGUAGAGUAUCUGUAAAAUGCGUACUACCAUACUCUUAACUUUAUGGUUUGACCCUUUGCAGUCCUGCAGGUAUGUGAUGGAAUUCCAGAAACUACCAACAAUAAAAUUCCAUUUGAGAAUUCUGAGAAA